CAGACACUGGUAGCUCAGCUUAGCACAGUACUUACACACAGGACUCCAGCAGACAGCACACACCUCUGGCAGCUGCAGGCGACCUCCGCUGUAUCUGGGAAUCUGCUGACACUGAGCACCUCUGGCUUGGAAUACUAUUUAGACUCAUUUUAUCUUGGGCUACUUGUUUGGAAUAUAAUUAUCUAUAUGGGCACAUUAACUGAACUCUUGCGCAGCGUAUUGGGACAGGACUUCAGCAGCACGGAGCAAAUGACGGAGUUUGGCAUACGGAAUAUGGACCAAGUUGCUCCAGUUUACAACAUGCACAGAGGAAUGUUAAAGCGACAGUUGGCAUUUGACAAUGUAAAUAUAUCAGCUUCUCUCUACUCUGGGAUGUUUUCAUCUUAUGAAGAAGAACAAGCAGUGCCGACAGGCUUAGAUUCCAUCUCCCAUGAAUCAAACAGUUGUGAGUUGCCUCUCUUAACGCCAUGCAGUAAAGCCGUGAUGAGCCAAGCUUUGAAAGCGACAUUUAAUGGUUUCACUAAAGAGCAGCGACAACUUGGCAUUCCCAGCAAUCCGUGGCUGUGGAAUGAAAACCAAGUUCGCCAGUGGCUUCUGUGGGCAGUAAAUGAAUUUUCAUUGGAGAAUGUGAAUUUUUAUAAGUUCGUAAUGACUGGUCAGGACUUAUGUAAUCUUGGGAAGGAACAUUUUCUGGAACUGGCACCAGAUUUUGUUGGAGACAUACUUUGGGAACACCUGGAACAAAUGAUGAAAGAGCAUCAAGAUAAAGCAGAAGAUCACUAUGUUGACAAUACACAUCAAGACUCUAUUUCACAAUGGAUCAACACUGGCUCAGCAGGUUAUAAUUUAGAAUCCUUGCAGUGUGGAUCACAUGUACAGAACUAUCCUAAAACUGGACUAUUUAGUCAACUUUGCCCGAUGUCUUCUGGACCAAACCUCCUUAAUCCAAAACAUGAAUUUGAGCAAUACCCAAGCUCUUGCCUAAAGUCCAUAGGAGUAAACUAUUCUGUUAAUGGAGACUUCACAAGAAAUAACAUGGGCUUGCUUCACGAUUCAGCUAAAUCCAGAAGCCAUGACUCAGGAGACAGUGGACGAGAGAGUUUUGAAAGUUCAGAUUCCUUGCUGCAGUCUUGGACCAGCCAGUCCUCAUUGGUAGACAUGCAACGCGUACCUUCAUAUGACAGUUUUGAAGAAGAUGGAAGCCAGUCUUUGUGUUUAAACAAACCAUCCAUGUCUUUUAAAGAUUACAUUCAAGACAGAAAUGAUCCAGUGGAACAAGGGAAGCCAGUUAUCCCAGCAGCUAUUCUUGCAGGUUUCACAGGGAGCGGACCAAUUCAGCUGUGGCAAUUCCUGUUGGAGUUAUUAACGGACAAAUCCUGUCAGCCUUUUAUCAGUUGGACAGGAGAUGGAUGGGAAUUUAAACUCGGUGAUCCAGAUGAGGUUGCACGCCGUUGGGGAAAAAGAAAGAACAAGCCAAAAAUGAACUAUGAGAAAUUAAGCCGUGGACUGAGAUAUUAUUAUGAUAAGAACAUAAUUCACAAGACUUCGGGAAAACGAUAUGUGUACAGAUUUGUGUGUGACUUACACAACUUACUGGGUUAUACAGCUGAGGAACUCCAUGCCAUGUUAGGUGUACAGCCAGACACAGAUGAAUGAACUUGAACUCAUCCUACUGAGCGUAGCUUCUAUAUGAAGAGGAUUCACUUGCACUGUGAAAUGGGCCAAUUUGUGGACCAUAUAGAUGGACAAUUAAAGACUGCAGAACUCCUAUAGGAGGCGAUGUGGACUUGCGGCCACAGUUUCUGAAACCGUUUAUGGGAGCUUUAGCUGCUAGUUUAAUGUGAUAUUGUAAAGGUCCAGCAAAUGUUGCUUAACUUGAAAACAAUUGCACACAACAGUUCUGUCUGUUCAUUUUCAUUACAUAAAAAUUAUUUUUGAUAUAAAAAAAAAAUAUUGAUGCUCUCAGUAUCUUAAAACAAUUUUCUUUUCUCCUUUGUUUUUUUUGGGGGGGAGGGGGGUGCUGGAGAAGGUAUUGCACUUGUAUACUUGCCAAUUUUAAUGACCAAUGCUGUCCAGGUGCACAGGUUUGUAGGUUUUAUUUAAAAAAUGCAUUUGAAUUUUAUCAAACCAUUUCAAAUUGUCUUGUAAAUAAACUUCUAUGAAUUUACAUAAUUAUGUUAUUCAACAAGGAAUAUAUAUAAUAAUUAUUUUCAAAAUAUUUAAAUAUAUAAAUCUUUCUAGAUCAUAUAUUAUGUUGAAUUGCUUUGCAAAUGUAUGACAUCUAAAAGGGAAUGCUGUUAAAUUGCAUAAACCUCUUAGAAAAUCAUUAUGAAGAGUGUAUGGGAUUAAUUGGAAAAACUGCUCUUGGCUAAGUCUAAAUUGAAAGGCAUUUAAUUGGUUUAGAAUGUUGCACAUCUGAAUGAAUAGUCUCUACUUUCCAUUGCUGUAUAUAUUAUUAUGUUUUGUUAUUUUUAUUGCCAUCUGAUUUCAUCAUAAUAUGGGUUUGUUUAUUUUUGUUGUGUUUUUUUUUUUUUUUUAUUUGCCUCCUAUACAUAGUUUGGGAGGAAUUUGUGUAGCAGCUAUUUUUACUGCAAAAAUAAUGUACUGGAAUUUGUUUCUUUUUUUUAUUUUAAGAAAACUGUGUUUUUCACAAAAGUGCCUUGUAAAUGAAAGCUUAUUUUUCUGUAUAAAGAAAAUAGGUUAUCAAAGAAAAAAAAAUGGAUCAAAUUCUGAUUAAAAUCUUUUUUGUGACAAGCUUGA